GCUCGCAGGGUGAGCCCCGCGCCCCGGCGCCUCGGCAGGGCAGGGACCCCGGCCGAGCGCCGCCGGGACCGCCCGCUCUUCCGCGCCCGCCCGCGUGUGCGCGCCGCUGUCCGCGCGCCGACCUCCCGCCCGCCAGAAAAGUCAUUUUUCUUCUCUGGAGGGUGAACAACUAUAGCAUCGAUUUCACGGAUCUGGUAACAUGGCAAAAGAUGUAAGUAUGUUUGCUUCCUGCUGGACGCAUGUUUGCCUACUGAUACAUUCUUGGUAGUUUCCCGAUUUUGUUUCAGAAUGACAGCACACAACAUUCAGGAGCGUUUAUGUUCAGACUCUUAAAGCACAUGAAACACGCUAAAGGUGAGGAACCCAGAGGAGCCCCGGUGGCCUUUAUGGAGGGUACUUUGCAGGCCUGAGCCCCCAGGGGGGCCAAUGCCCGAUGGGGCUUGACUGACCCGAUCUGUGGGUCUCUUCUGACUGGUUAACUUGGAAAUCUGAGUGCCUUGGUGGGGGACCCUGGGCAGGCGCUGGACUCGGUGGAAUGGCGCUGAGCAUCCUCUGCAGGUACCGUGUAGGAUGUUACUUCAGCUUUGAGCCGUAACAGGCUAAGCACUGGGUUUGGCAGCCUUUUUUCUCAGAAAAAGUGGCACUUGGUGCCUAGUGAAGUGGGGUGCAAAAAUUCUACUUUAGCUUUAUAUUUGUCGGGGAGCUAUAGAAUUUGAUGAGUUAGUUUUUUUCUCUUGUUUUAAGAAGUAGGCUUUUCGGCCCCAAGAUUUCGGCUUUUAUCAUUUGGGCAGCUCUUUCGAUCCUGGGUGACAUCCGUGAAAUUCACUGAAACCCCGGCUCCUCCUUUAGCGUGUCUCAGGACGUGCUGUUCCGUAAACAUUAAUGAAAAGAGGCAGUUUAUUUAUUUACUCGUGUGUUGCGUGGAGGUGGAAAUGCAGCUCUGAGGACGUGCAUCUGCCUGAGACACAGCCGGAGGGUAAAGCACGUCCCUGUUGGUGGCGCCAGGAAACGGGCAUGAUGCCUCCGUCACCUCGCGGGUUUGAACCUUCUGCAGGGCGCCUGUCGGAAGGCACCCCACCCGCUGGGCCUUAGGCUGUGGGCCCCCGCGCCAGUUAGUUUGGCAGAGCGGGUGAACACGGGGCUAGUGUGGUGGGUUUGAGCUUAAAACCAGAGUCUGUGUGUGAUGUGCAGGUGGUGUUACCUUCUAAUCGUCAGUGGCCAGGCCCAGUUCUCUGCCACUGUCGCCCGGAAGACGCAGGACGGGAGCUGGUGCUCAGCAGGGGUGCAGCUGCCCCCAUGCCUCCCAUCGUGGGUGGAGGUGGGGAGCUGAGUUUGCCUCUCGUCCUGUCUGAACCCCCUGGAGGAGGCGUCCUCUCCCUCCCCCUGGGCAUCCGGGGGAUGGGAAGACAGUCCAGGCCCGUGCCUGGUUCCAGGAGACUCCUGAGCGGCCUCCUCCGAAGGUCACUCCUGGAGGUCAGCCCAGCGAAGGCUGGGUCGCUGUGGGCCACCUGGUGGCUGGGUGGGGGUGAUGGGGACCACCCGUUGAGCUUGGGUACGUGACACAGUGGAGGUUGGUGUCGCGGUGAGAACAGCCAGGUAAGAAGCAGUGGCUUUGCCUGUCCUGGGUUGGGGUCGGCAGGUGUGCUGGAACCGGGUCUCUCCAGGGCUGUGCUUGGCGGGACAGAGGCUGCGGGCCGCUCAGGCUCAGCCCCGUCUCCCCCUGCGCUGGGUCUUAGGUCAGGUGUGACAUUGGAAUCUGGGAAGCUGACCAUUGUCGGGGGGUAGGGGGCAGGCAUAGGAGGCUCACUCUGCCCUUGGGGGUAAGGUCAAAGCCUGCAAGCACCUCGCACAGCCUCUGGCUGAAGCGGGUGGGCUGGGACCCCAGCUGGGCCAUUGGGCCCAGGGAGGCUGGCGUUAGGUUCGGGGGAGGCGGGGGGUCCCAGUGGAGGCGGACAAACUCGGGGACUGAUGGGGGCAGCCAGCCUGCAGAGGCCCGGGGAGGGUGGCGAUUGAGGGCCGUCCUGCUGGUGGUCAGUUCCCCGAGAAGACCCAGAGCUUUCCUCCAGCAGUCGUAGGCCCGCCUGGGCUCCGGAUCCAGCGCGGCCAGGCCCGCCCAGCCUGUGCACAUCUGCUCGCUCUGGGUCUGCAGGAGGUGACGGUGUCCUUGGCGGGGGUGCCCGUUCUCUGCGUGGCCCUUGAGUGUUGUGUUUACGGGUUGACGUUCGGCCACACCAGGCUUUUCCUGACCGGCUCUGGGUUGUCCAUCUAGCAGGACGCGAACCGCUGAGAAAGUUCAAGUAGCGGGUCUUGUAUCAGGAGCGUCGUGUUUAUUGUCCCCGGGUCUGAAAGCUCCAGGGAAGGAAGAAGGAGAACCACAGCCCCCGUUGGCCGCGGCAGGAGUCGCUGCGGCAUCGCGGUUCAUCCCAGUUGGACUCUCACUCGGUCGAGUGUAGGGACGGCCUCUCACGAAGCCGCGGGCGUCUGGGCUCCUUGCUCCUCACUCAUCUUCACGUCACGGACACGUAGGCCUUCCUCUGGGUGUCGAUGCUGCCACGGCCCCCUUGGCAGCUGUGGGUUCAUUGGAUGCGUUGGGACUGGGGAUGUGACGUAUUGAAAGAGCGGGUUAACGGGGGGGGGCGAAGAAUGACUGCUCCUCGCUUGUCUUUGAAACGUCGAACGCACGGAGCGCGGGGGCCCUUUCUUGGCGCGCGGACCGAGAGCUCCGGGCUCUGAGUGCAGCCCUCUGGGCUGCUUGCCGCUUCGUCUUCUCCUCGCCCAUGUAAGCGCCACGAGGGGGUGGUGAGACGGGGACCCAGCCGAGUGCCGGCCUGACAACACGGGCCAUCUGGGAGGCCGGCAGGGGAGCUGUGCAGCCCGGCAGAUCCCCUCCGGUGUGUCCGUCCCCAGGCCCUAGCACUGGGGAUUCUGGUGGUUUCCGGUAAAAUCUUCUCAGAGUUUCUCAAAUCCAUGAUGCUACCCCAGGACCAGUCGUCAGAGGUGUGGCUUCGUGUGGACACUGUGUGCGUGAGGACGUUGCGUGCGUGUGUGGACGGCGUGUGCCUGUGGACGGUGCGUGCGCCUGUCUGGGCCGUGCUUGGGUUGCUUCCCGGGCCGGUCGUGCCUGGUGGGACCCCUCCCAUCAGGCAGCGGGAGAGCCCUUUCCACGUUCGAGUCCCAUCCCUGAGUCUGAGUACCUUAAACACCCACAAGCUUGCUGCAUUUGGCAGGUGAGCUUCUAAGCUGCCUUUUUUUAUUUUGCAUUUUUGGUCUCAGGGUUGAAUGUCUUCCUUUUAAAGCAAGUGUCUUUGUGAAUCGAUGGACCCGCCCUGUGCUCCGUCCUCCACUCGGGCUGACUCCCUGUGGACUCGCAUCCACUGCAGAAACUGAGGAUUUAAACCCUGGCGUUUCCCAGCAGAUGUCUGGCUCCCUCGUCCUUCAGCCCGAGUCCAGGUCCCGGCGUCUCAGGGCGCACCCUGAGAACACACUUCGUCCUGCGGGGCAACCCCGGGCAGAGUCCUCUCCGGGCCUGGCGGCUCGUCUGUAAAGUGAGGGUGGCACCCUCCCUCCCUCCCUGAGGUGAUGGUUCCCUUGGGCGGCUCCCAGCGUGAAACCUGAGGCUUGGAGGAAGUCUGGAGCUCAUCACGGGCCUGCGUGGUCCGGGGUGGUUGGUCUGAUCUGAGCUCGGGGGGUGGCCCCACUCGCGGUGCAGCUGAGGGCAUCGCCCCUUGUCAGGGCCCAAGCUCGGGAGUGGAGUGGGCAGAGCCUCCAGAGACGGGCGGGGCGCAUGGGCCGCCCUAACCAGCCCCGACAGCGUUAGGCCCGAGUAUGAGGCCUCACAGAGAGGCCGUGGCCCCUUCCCCCGUCCUCAGCCGCUUCCAUGGGAGCCGUGGGGCCAAGGGAGGGGACAGGCCGUGUGUCCUCCUGGGGUGGCAGGUGAUUGUCCUGACUGGGGCUGGGUGAUGCCGGGUUAUGUUGCUCCUUGGCUGAGCGAGGGAAUCGGAGCAGGACUGGGUGAGGGAGGCGCAGUCAUCGCUUGGCCUGGGGGGCCCCUGUCCCCAGGGGCGGGUGCUGCGGGCCCGGGACACGUCGUGCUGGCAGGCGAACCGGCUCCCUCAGUAAGCAGCUGGCCCCGUCGGUCUGCGCUCUGCACCGGGGCUCUGGCAUCCACUGGCCGUCAGCUCUGGAGGCACAGCAUGCUGGGUGCGGAAGCCUGGGCCCUUCGGCGGGUCCACGGGGGAGAGCAGGGGCUGGGCUGUCUGAAGCGAGGUGACUGGGCUCUCCCGGCCUGUCUGGUGUGUGGCCUCAGAUGGCUCGUCCCUGCUGUGGUCGGGUCCUGGCUCUGGGGCUCUGAGCCUGUGUGACCAGGCUGUUGCUGGGACCCGAGAGAUGCAGGCUUCUUAGCCCAGGGCUGGGUGCUUUCCGAGCCCGGCUGCCCUGGGUCCCUUCCUUCUGGCCGGGCAGGGGCCAGGUGGUCAGUAGGGGGGCCCAUCUUCACUCACCUCUUGGCUGGGCGGGCGGUGGUGGGGGCAGACCUCAGGCGACCUUCUGGCCUGGUCUCGCUGUGAUCCGCGCUGGUCUUUGGGCAGGCGCCUGGUCCCCUUGUUUUUGGGGUGGGGGCUUUGGAGAGUCAGGAAAUGGCAGCGGGGCCUCCCCUUUGUCUGGGGUCUGUCAGAUGGGGGCUCCCACUGCCUCCCGCGUGGACCUGUGUGCAGCUCGGAGGGGCUGGGGCGCAGGUUCCUCCCCUGGACCAGGUGCUGACUGGGCGCUGACUGGGUGCAGGGUGGGACGUGCAGGGCGGUGGUGCCCGGGCUUCCCAAGGGCAGGAGCGAGGGGGGAGCCGCGCCCGCUCCCUCCGUGGCCUGGCCUCUGCACGUUUGUUUCCACCCCUGCUUCCCAUGGGUGUGUUGGGGUGUGCAUUGGCUUGUACACGUGUGUGUAGGCAUGUGUGUGCUUGUUCACACGCCUGAAUAUACGUGCGUAGAUGUGCGUGGCGUGCACUGUGUGUUUCCUCGCACGGGUGUGUGGGUGCAGAUGUGCGAGCACGGGUGCUGGGUCUGCAUGUCUGAGUACGUAGGGGUUUGCUCGUGUGCGUGGGUGACUGUGCGUGUCGACACGUGUCGGCGUCUGGAGACCAGGUCAGGUUGGGGAGCGGUUUUUGGUCCUGCGGUGCCGUGGACGUGGAUGCGGUUCUGAGACGGGCCGCAGGCGGUACGGCCCAGGAUGGCUGGUCUGUGCGGGGAGAGCCCUGCGCCCGCCCCCGACGCCCGGCCGUCUUCGCGUUUGCACGUGUUGGGCACACGCUCCUCUCAGCACGUUGUGCUGGUGCCUGGAAUGCGCUUGACCCUGAGGUGCUGCCCGCGUCUCCGUGGUCACCCCAGGACCAAGCCAGGCUGCACUCCGAGGUCCCACUGCCACAAACGCCCCUCCUGCUCGCGGAGCUGGUCUGUCCCGCCGGCGGGGAUCGCGCGAGGCCCGGCCCGGGCCAGUGCCCUGUCCUCCGGCUGAGGUCCGGUCUGUGUUCAGGAUGGCCCGCCCGGUGAUGCUCGCCCACCUCAGACGUGACAGGUGCGCGCAGCUGAACAAGAGAAGCAGUGUCGCAGGGGUCGAGGGCCAAGCCCGAGCGGCUGAAAUCCCUGGAGGGUCUCUCUCGUGUGGAUCAUUGCAGCCAGAGACCACGGGCAGGGUGGCAGGGCCCUACCGGGCCCUCGCGGCUGCGUGGGGCGGCCGGUGCCCCCGAGGGGCUCGCUGCCGCGCUCCCGAUGGCCCGUCUGUUUACUCUGUCCUCGUUGCCUCCACAGGCCGGUCUAAUUGAAGCCAACGGGGAACUCAAGGUCUUCAUAGACCAGAACCUCAGUCCCGGCAAAGGCGUGGUGUCCCUGGUCGCCGUCCACCCCUCCACAGUGAACACAAUCGGGAAGCAGCUCUUGCCAAAAACGUUCGGACAGUCCAGUGUCAACGUCACUCAGCAAGUGGUGAUUGGCACGCCUCAGAGACCUGCAGCGCCCAACACUCUCGUGGUAGGAAGCCCACACACCCCUAACACUCACUUUGUGUCCCAGAACCAGCCUUCAGAGCCCUCACCUUGGUCUGCAGGGAAGCGUAACAGGAAGGGGGAGAAGAACGGCAAGGGUUUGCGGCACUUUUCCAUGAAGGUCUGCGAGAAGGUGCAGCGGAAGGGGACCACGUCCUACAACGAGGUGGCGGAUGAGCUGGUGGCAGAAUUCAGCGCUGCCGACAACCACAUCUUACCCAGUGAGUCGGCCUACGACCAGAAGAACAUACGGCGGCGCGUCUACGAUGCCUUGAACGUGCUCAUGGCCAUGAACAUCAUCUCCAAGGAGAAGAAGGAGAUCAAGUGGAUCGGCCUGCCCACCAACUCGGCUCAGGAGUGUCAGAACCUCGAGGUGGAGAGGCAGAGAAGACUGGAGAGAAUAAAGCAGAAGCAGUCGCAGCUCCAGGAGCUCAUCUUGCAGCAAAUCGCCUUCAAGAACCUGGUGCAGAGGAACCGCCAGGCGGAGCAGCAGGCCAGCCGGCCGCCCCCGCCCAACUCCGUCAUCCACCUGCCCUUCAUCAUCGUCAACACCAGCAAGAGGACCGUCAUCGACUGCAGCAUCUCCAACGACAAGUUCGAGUACCUGUUUAACUUUGACAACACGUUUGAGAUCCACGACGACAUCGAGGUGCUGAAGCGCAUGGGCAUGGCCUGCGGGCUGGAGUCCGGGAGCUGCUCCGCCGAGGACCUGAAGGUGGCGCGGAGCUUGGUACCAAAGGCGCUGGAGCCCUACGUGACAGAAAUGGCUCAGGGACCACUCGGUGUCUUUGUCACGUCAGCAGUUUCGACUUCGAAUGGCACAAGGCUCUCUGCCAGCGACCUGGCCAACGGCGCGGAUGGGACGCUGGCCACGAGCUCCAGCGGGUCACAGUACAGUGGCUCCAGGGUGGAGACGCCCGUGUCGUACGUCGGGGAGGAUGACGAGGACGAGGACGACUUCAACGAGAACGAGGAGGAGGACUGAGCCGUGCCGCGGCGGGCGCCGCAGGCGCGUCUGGGGAAGAGGAGCUUUGCCUCGGCUGUUUCUGUCCUUCUGCUCCCCCAGCGGCCCGGGAGCUGCGGGUCCUGCGGCGCCGUCUCCGUGGGGUCCUGGCGAGCCGUCGCGGCCUCGCCCACCCCUUGAGAGUCUGUGUUUUCCUUUGCUGUUUUUAAUUCAGAGUUGAUUUCGCCCCUUGCUGAGUUUGCUGAGGAGCUAGUGCUCGUUGACGUCGACCAGGCCGAGACCCUCCUGCCCGGCCGGCCCGACGCAGCGCCCGGGCUGCGGGCCGCGCCGACGGCCAAGCUCUGGCCCUUGACGUUUGAUUGCGACUUCGUUUCCCUUAAAUUAUAUUGACUGUGUGACCCCGUCAGGUUUAUACUUUGUUUUCACUCUGUGUUGCAGCGGUUUGCAGAGUUCUUUGUUUUUGUUUUGUUUUGUUUUGUUUUGUUUGGAAAAAAGUUUACUGCCAUGCUGGUGCAGCUAUAGAAACUGAAAGCUUGGAAUGGUUUAUUGCUUAUGGUAAAAUUUGCCUGAUUUCUUACAGGCAGCAUUUGGAAACUUUUUAUUAUAUAGUUGUUUACAUACUUAUAAGUCUAUCAUUUAAAGACAUGUACUGAAACAAAUGUUGUAUUUGUUUCGUAAGCAUCUUCCUGUAAUCUAUUAUAAAGUUGAAAUUAAAUAUAGAGAAUGUUUUAACAGUUUUUUAACUCGAAAUUUGUCAAUCAUUUUUAAUAGUUCUUUUUUUAUAAAAAGAAAAAGGAAUUUCAGGACAGGCAGUAGUCUCUUUUAAAAUUUAUUCACCAAGAACCAUUAACUGCACAGUUGCUGUUAGCUGCCUGUUCUAAAAUAAUAGUCUUUUUAUUGGAACACAAAUAAACUUUUCUGUAAUAUUUUGUGGAAUAAAGAGACUUUAAUUGUUUGACUUGUUUAACUUGGCACUGUUAGUUUUUAUUAAUAAAACGCGCAUGGGAAUUUGAAA